UUUUAAACUAUGACCCGGACCUGCAGAAUCUGUGGCGAUGCAAAUGGGCGUUACUGGAUCGAAACGCCGGUGGAGAAGUAUGCCGAGAAGACCUUCAAUCAGCUAUUGCUGGAGCUAACGAAGAUUGAGUUGACCAUGGUCCAGGCCGAGAAGUUGCCCCACUGGUUGUGCUCCAGUUGCUCCCAGAAACUGGAGAGCGCCUACGAUUUUGUGUUGCAGGCGAAACAGACGCACAAACUGUGGCUGCAACAGCUGGAGGAUACGGGCCAGAUAAUGAGCUCUGGGGGGGCCUUGGAGUGCCUGCGGGAGACCCCCAUACAUCUGUUCGAGAUCGAGGGCGUUACCAUCAAAACCGAAGCGCUAGAGUCAGCGGUUGCAGAUGUCGGUAACAGCUCCUCCGAUCCUCUAGUCCGCACACGCAUCAAAAAGCGUACCGUCUUUCACUUCAGCGAUACGGAGGAUGACCAGGAUGAUGUGCCGCUAAGGCAUCGCAGGACUGCCAGUCAAGCGAACAGCUCGUCAGCAAAGCUGCACAAGUGCAAUCUGUGCGGCAAAUCCUUCAGAUAUAUCACAAAUCUCUAUCGCCACAAGAAAAGAGAUCACGGCUAUCCAGGGCAUUCCAAGGGUGAGAGCUCCGAAUCAUACCAAAACACACAAAAGAGCGCCGUGACAGCGCAAGAAACUUGCAAUUUGGAACAAACUGAUAACGAUGAGGAUGAUGAUAAUGAUAACUACUACAAAUGCGAUCAGUGCGACAAAUCCUACAAGCACAUAAUGGUGCUUAUCAAGCACAAGCAGAAUGUUCAUGAAACCAAUCAACUGCCAAUCCAAUCUGGGGCCAAGCGAAGGAACAGAAGGGACGUGGGUGAAGCAGCAAGUCCAGCUUCUUCCGGGAAAUCCAUACAACGAACCAGAAUCAGCACAGAUACCCUGGUCCAUAGCCUCAUCAAAGCAGUGCAGCUGUCGGAUGAGGAUGGAAACAGCGGCACCGACAACUAUUACAAGUGCGAUCAGUGCCACAAAUCGUACAAAUACAUUGUAAGCCUCAUCAAGCACAAGCACAAGGAUCAUUCGGAAGCUGAUAAAAACUGGGACGAUGAGGACAAUCAACCAUUGGCCUCCACAUCUGCUCGCGCCUCCGCUGCCUCAGGCUCAGGCUCUCCCACCAAGGCAUCGCGAAUCAAUCGUCGCGUACAGGGCUUCGAUCUGCAUCGCUGCGAGCCGAAUGGUGCGAAAGAAAUUCAGUGCAUGAUCUGUCUGCGGAAAUUCACUAAAUUGCGUGAGCUGAGAGAUCACCUCAGGUCGCAUCCCACCGACUUUAAUUUCCAGGCGCACGGUGAGCCUAUCGAACGCAUUGCCGAGGGAUUUUUCAAGACGGCUGUGGAGUCCACUGUGGAGGGUUUGAAGAGCAGAAUUCUGCACGAUUUAAGGAUGGGUGCCUUCGGACGCUUCUAUUCCAUUACCAACGAGGCGCGCUACGAGAUGAGUCUGGACAGCUCCGACACGGAUAGCGACGGCGAUGCAGAUGUUGUACUAAGGCGAAGCUAUGCCUGUGAGCUAUGCGACUCCCCGGAGGCCAGAUGGCCGCGCAAGUAUCAAUUGCACGAGCAUCACAGGCAGCAGCACACCUGGGAAGAGGCUCCGCAUGUCUGCCAGCGGUGCGACUCGCGUUUCCUCAGUCUCCAGCUGCUGGAGCAUCAUACUCUACAGCUCUGCCAGAACACUCUGAAGCGAUACAUGUGCGACAAGUGCCCGCAGCGCUUCUUUUGGCGAAAAAAUCUGCGUGCCCAUCUUGUCGAGCACAAAAGCAAGCAAGACAACUAUCCGUGCGAUCAAUGCCAGCGUAGCUUUCAGGAUAAAAGCGCCGUGACCAAGCACAAGCUGAUGAUGCACCGGGAUGAAACGAAUCAACUUAUUCCCUGCCGCUGGUGCUCACGGACAUUCUAUCGUCCCGCCCUCUUGCACAAGCAUGUCGAGCGGCAUGGCUUCACCGGCGAAGAUUUGCCUCUUGCAGAGACAUUACUGGCCGAUGCAGCCAAGCCAUCGGGCCCAAAGACUGUCCAGUGCAAGAUCUGUGAUCUGCAGUUUGUAAGCGUUGCAGAUCUGCGCCGCCACAAUGCUAUGCUGGGCCACAGUGAGCGGAUAACCGAUUACAUGAUCAGCACCGAGGCUGGCUUCGAGCUGUUAUUGGAGGAUACAGAUGACAGCGAAGACGACACUACGGGGGGCAGAUCCUACUCGUGCGAUCUCUGUCAGAUGACGUUCCGUCGCCGAAGAGAGAUGAGCGAGCAUCAGUAUUCAUUGCACGCAUUUGACAAGUUGCCGUAUGGCUGCGAGCAUUGCAUUUAUAAGACCGUGGAUAAGCUCAUGCUGGAGCAUCAUCUGCGCACACAAUGCCUGAACAACGAGAAGCCGUUCAGCUGUUCCCGCUGUAGAUACAAGUUUAUGUGGAAGGAGAAUCUGGAGCAGCACUACGCCAUUCAGCAUUCCAAGCAGCCGCCCACCCAAGAGCAGUCGUCCAUGCCCUUAAGGAGAAGGCGACGCUUCAGAUAUCAAUGCCCCCAGUGCUGGCGAUCCUUUGUGGUACAGCCCAGCCUCGAUAAGCAUAUAAGGGACAUGCAUGUGGCCAAGAGGAAUCCGGGCAAGAAAUACCUCUGCUCCCUCUGUGGCCUGGAGUCGCUGACGCCCAACAAGCUGAACAUCCAUAUGCGUCGCCACAACGGAGAAAAGCCCUUCAAAUGCGAUCUCUGCGACAUGCGCUUCACAGUCCACUACGAGCUGAAGGUCCAUCGGCGGAAGCACACGGGCGAGCGGCCCUACCAGUGCACCUUCUGUGACAAGCAUUUUGCCCGACCCGACAAACUGAGACGUCAUGUCUACAUGCACAGUGCUCGUCGCUAGACAUGAAUCUAUUACGUUUAAAUAGAGAUCCAAAGAUGUCUCUCUUUCUAUCACUUCGCAAACGCGCCAUGGGGAGAUCGAGAGAGAGAGA